AUGGCGUCUUCAACGUCUCAUUCCAAUACAAAUUUCCCAAGUGACAUGUGGACACCUGAAAUUCCCGUGAUUAUCGCCGCUAAUCGUCUCCCUGUACGUCUUUUCAAGACCAAAGGAAUUUCUACCAAGUGGCAGGUCGAAUGGGCUGGAGAUCGCAUGAUUGAAUCAUCCAACACGUUUUCUCACUAUGAAAUAUCGGAACGUGCUACGAUCAAAUUUGUCGGUCGUAUACCAGACGUAAAUGUGCCUCUAAAUGAGCGCGAGGAUGUCGAAAUGCUACUGCGAGAACUCAAUUGCUAUCCGGUCUUCCUCGAGACGGAAGAGGCUAGAUUAUACUACAUAGAUUAUUGCAAACAGACAUUGUGGCCUACGUUUCACAAUGUUGUGGACGUAUAUAGCCCUGUAGAUGUGGUGUUGGACGUAGACGCACAGCAAGAGCUUACACCUACUGCCCAGUUUUGGAACCCUGGGUCCCAGAAAGUUGCGUGGCAAGCUUAUGCUAAUGUCAAUCAGCUCUUUGCACACAAAAUAUGUGAGCUUUAUCAAGUGGGAGACGUUGUCUGGAUACAAGACUAUCACUUAUUGCUCACACCAAGCUAUAUUGUGAGAAAGAUAAGAGCGGCAAAUGUCGGUCUUUUCCUGCAUGUGCCAUUUCCGUCGUCGGAGGUCUUUCGUACCUUGUCGAUGAGGAAAGAACUAUUACGAGGCAUGUUAAAUGCAGACCAUAUUGGUUUUCACUUGUUUGAGUACGCACGGCAUUUCAUGUCGGCAUGUCGACGGAUCUUGGGACUGAAUUAUAAGCCCAUUUUACGUGGACAAUUGGGGAUUGACUACGGUGGGCGAAGAAUUGCUGUGACGUGCAGUCACAUGGCUAUUGACACAGAACGAAUUGAAAAUACUUUGGCUCGUAAAGAUGUUCGUGAUAUGGUGGUGGCCUUGCGGCAAAAGUACCGUGAUAAGAGAAUUUUUGCAGGCUGUGACACCAUCGAACGUCUCAAAGGCAUCCCGUCCAAGAUGUUGGCUUUUGACGGGUUCCUUUCGCGAUGUCCCGACUUUAUUAACAAGGCGGUGCUCGUGCAGAAAGGAAUCCAUAGACGCGGACGCGUGACGGACUAUCUACAGAGCAAAAAAGAGAUUGAGCUGGUGGUACAGGCCAUCAAUAACAAGUAUCGUGACGUUGCAAAGGGCGAUGUAGUGGACUACGAAGAAGUGAAUGAAUUCCAGUACAAAGAGCGUGUGGCGCUGUGGCGUGUUGCCGAUGUACAGAUUACGACAGUUUUGCGGGAUGGACUCAACACGUCGCCAUUUGAGUAUAUCGCGACGCACAAAACUUCGCCUGGUGUUCUGAUCAUAAGCGAGUUCUCCGGUAGCAGUCGCCUUCUGAGCGGCGCACUGACUGUGAACCCAUGGGAAUUGGACCAAGUCAUCGACGCCCUUCGUGAUGCCGUAUACAUGCCAGCCAACGAGCGAGAGUAUCGGCGCAAUUGCGACUUUCAGUUUGUGUCGGCAAACCCUCCUCGUCGCUGGGCUAGGUCUGUACUCACAGAUAUUGUGAACGCACGGAAGAAGGAAGAGUCUUUUGUGUACAUGGGCACUGGCUUCGGCUUGGAUUUUCGCUUGAUGGAAGUGAGCACACAGUUUCGGAAAUUAACGGACCAGGAGGUCGUGCCGGGAUAUUGUACGAGCAUGAAACGUGCGAUUUUUUUGGACUACUACCGAACCUUGGCUCCGGACGUCACAAAAGUGAUGGGCGUGAGAUGGCCGGACGUACCAUUGAGUGCGUUGACCACGCUUGAACAGUUGUGUAAAGACCCUCGUAACACAGUGUUUAUCGUUAGUGGAUGCAAUUGCGACCUCCUCACACAGAAGUUUGGUGGGGUUCCAGGUUUGGGGCUCGUGGCUGAACAUGGGUAUUUUGUCCGACCUGCCGUACUAGGCAACAAUGCUCGCAUCGGACGCCCGUGGGAAAGACAUGGCGACACUAUGCAAACAGAGGGAGGCCACCAGCGUUGGCGCGUCAAAGCAGAAAAGAUCAUUCAGCUUUAUGUUGACCGGACGAAUGGUUCCACGCUAGAAAUGCGAAGAAGCGCCGUGCUCUUCCGCUACGGCAAGUCCGAUUUUGAUUUCGGCACACUGCAGGCAGCUGAGCUAAAGGAACAUUUGGAGGGUGUUUUCGAGGGCUGGCCGUUGAACAUUAUUCAAGGGAAAGAUUACAUUGAAGUACGACCCGAGGGUGUCGGCAAGGGUAAGAUCGUGGAGCAUUUGCUGAACAAGAUGCGCGUUGAUGGGAACCCAGCCGACUUUGUUUUAUGCAUUGGAGAUGAUGUGGCUGAUGAACUUAUGUUCGAUCAGCUUAAGCAAAUGGUCGCACACGAAGAGUUCCCAAAAAACAAGAUAUUCACAUGCACGGUUGGACAGAAACCCUCAAAAGCUGAAUUCUUUAUUGACGACUACACUGACGUUAUUGCACUACUAAAGUCUCUGAAAGUAGUUGCUACGAAGUCCAACCGUAAUUAUUCGCUGUCAGAUAUGCAGUCUUUUGUACGAGACACACGGCCAUUUCUUUCGUCAUCGUCGCCUGGAGUUUCUAGGGUUGCGACGUCGGAUUCGGUGAUGCGAAAGUCUUUAAGUCGCCAUGGACUCCAAAUUCACCUGACACCUGUAAUUGAGGACCAAAUCGUGUCUACGGACGUCAGUGGACAUAGCGGAGACCGAGGUCAUUCUCCUAUCCAUCACAGAAACAGCAGCAAAUGGCUGAGUCGCUUGCAACAAUUUGGUGUGGUUGCCAUAUUGGUCGGAAUUCUUCGAUGGCGCAGUGGGGUGAAGAAUCCUCGCGAAAAGAAGCUGCUGAUGUAUCUCGUGGCUUCACUUGGAAUUGCCUGUUCCAUUCAGCGCAUUCGUUCAAUGUCACGCAAAUAA